CGGUGGCGCGAGUGCAGGCAAGGGGCACUCAUCGCUUCACCGCAUACGAAGGACUUCUGCGGCGGACUCCGGAGGGAGCACUUGCAUUGGUGCCGCAGCUUCCCGGCUCCUUCCUCCCACCGAGCCCCUCAACAUCCAAGUUGUCCCUCCCCCUUCUCUCUAAAUGCCUCCCUUCCUCUCUUACACUACCCUCCCUUACCAAGUGACACAACUCCCAUAUCCUAUGCGCAACUUCCCCGAGUACUUGGUGGAGCUUACGGACGUGGAGCAGUUGCCGCCCCCUGACGAGGACGCAUGGGAGCUGCAUCGGGUGCUUUAUUUGUCGGUGGUGCUGGGCAUGCUUACAUUUUUCGUGGAGCACGAAGUUCAUAACGUCGGCGAGCUCCUCUACGUAUACUACGUGAUCGCCAAGCCGAAGCCGGAGUGGAAGGAGGGAACGGUGGCUCUUUACCCUUUUGGGAGGAUCGAAACGAAUCGCCCGGGGCUCUUACAGCUCAUUCACAUCGAGUUGCUGUCCAUCCCGCAGGUAAUCGUCGCGGAAGAAGAAGACUUGCAGCUCAGACUGCGGACCGCCUCAGCCCUGUGCAGAUCGUAUAACGCGCCGGUGAUACCUGACUACCUGUCGCGUGAGGGGGAGUUCGUGGUGGACUUCGGGCAUGAAGAUAAGCCGUUGCGGCCUCCAUCAUCGUAUCCAAAGUCGGCGGCCCUGAAGGCACCGAGAAAGAGAAUUGUCCUGAAGCGACGACGAAGUCCAUCGCCGAAAGCUCAGACCAGUCGAGUGGAGCCUGUCGAGGAGGUCGUCCACCCUGCGCCGGUGCGCGAAGUCGAUCCGGACCGUUCCGAUUUCGCCAUCCCACCCGGGAUACCCCGGUCAUUGGCAUUAGCAGUUCCCCCGAGGCGGACGGUCCAUCAAACCGACGUGGAUCACAUGGUGGAACUGGCCACCAUCCGGCUUGAGGCCAUUGAGGGGGCGCCGCGUCCUGAUCCGGCAUGGGAGGCGUUCUUGCAGCCUCCAUUCGACAGAUGUAUAGCGGCGAGGUUGGUGGGCACGCUCAUCUACGAGACCGGCGGGCGGCCCAACAUUAUGUACCAUAUCCUUGUCUUCGCGGCGGUUAAGCGGGAGCGGAGGCCAUGCACGGAGACCCAUCUGGUGCUGACGGGUCCGAGAAAUCAGCCGCUGCGACGACGAAUCAUUCGCGCGAUCACCGAUCUCGCGCCCCGGGUCCUCUCACAUGUGCCGGGGGCUUUCCUCUACCCCUCCUUUGUCCAGCACCACUUCAAUGAAGUGGAAGUGCCAGCCAACUUGGCCGCGCUCGCGGCGUUUCUCCCUCCUCUCCCCCCCCCUCUCAAUCCGGAGAUUGAUUACUUCCUAUGAUCAUCUCCACCACCACCACCUCUUUCUUUUUCUUCUUCUUUUCCGGAUCUAAAGCUCGCGCGAUGAUACGCGCUG